AUGAUAAAUGGUCUUUUCAACCCUUCAAUUGCUGAAGCUAUUACCUCUAUUCCUUUAGCUACAACCGUUCAGGACAACAUCCUUAUAUGGCAUUGGACAUACUCAGGGAUAUAUUCCGUCAAAUCUGGAGAUAGAAUAAUAGCAUCUCAUUAUGUGGAAACUGAAGAAGCUUGGCAGUCGGGUUUUUGGAAAACUCUUUGGUCACUGAAAGUUCCGACGAAAACGUUGGAACAUUUCCACAAGGUGUGGGAGGUUGAGUUCUUUGAGAGUUUUAUUAUGGGACUUUGGAGUGUUUGGUUGAGCCAUAAUGAGUUGAAAUGGGACCAAGUAGAAGAAGGACCUUAUCAUGUGAUUACUCGAGCUAGAAGCAUGCUAGCCUCUUGGAAGAAAGCCCAGCUGAAGUCGUCUGAUUCAAGUAUAAAUGUUUUUGCGAGUAAUCAAUGGCUCCCGCUACCGGCUAGCACCUUUAAAAUAAAUUUUGAUGCAGCUCUUCUCCCCUCUGUUGGCCAUGGAGCUUUUGGUGCCGUAAUUUCAAACUGUCAUGGCGGAUUUGUAUGCAACGUCAUCAUUGCAGGGUUGUUCUUCUCCAGCAUUAACAGAAGCUCAAGCGCUAAGAAAUGUUUUAUCCUGGUUGCUGUCAGACUACUCUAG